AUGGCUGCGGAUGAAUUUGACAGCACAGCUCAGAUGCUGGUCGUACAAUUCAUCCAUGCAGGCAUUCAGCUUGUGGGCCAAUUGUACGAAAUACACAGCCUGGACGAUGACGAUCAGCCUGUAAUGCAAUGGAAUGUAUGCGAACUGCACACCCAGUUCACCAACCUGAGUAGCUGCCUGACAGGCGGCUGUCCAAGGGAGAUUGGACCACUAUCUCAGCAGGCCCAGGCGCUGGAUGACCUCCGUGCUGCCAGCCAUGGCAUCCUCAGGACUUUAUCAACUCGCCUGGAGCUGAUUCAGAGCUUUGGGCCCGGUUCACUCCUCCAUGUCGGGGAUCUGAAGCAGCUUUGGCCCCUAGAAGAUGCUAUGGGACUGGAAGAACGAAUUAUUUGGCUGAAAUCGGAACUGGAGGUGGCCAUCUCGUCGGUGCAGAGGUAUGUCUUUUUCUCCUUCACAUGCGGUUGGCCAUUCACCAAGAAUGACUCCUCUAGUUUAAACAGUCUAGUCACUGCCCGUGAGGCUCUCCGCUCCUUGGACAUUACCAGAGACAGAAGAGCACCAAAUGAGCCCACGUUGCUGGAUCAGAGACGAGAGCGGAGCGAGAGACCAGCUGAGCCCGGUAUUGUGAAACUCUUUGGUGAAGACCCUACUGAGGUACAGAAUAAAAUGGCGUAUGAGGAGGUUGAGAAAGUAUAUACGAAAGAUACCCUGUUCACAGACCACGAGAUGAUUAUUCAAGACUUCCUGCUGGAAAGUCUAAAGUUCCCGUCAAUGACCGAUCGAGAGAACAGUGUUACCACCGCUCAUAGUACGACUUUUGACUGGAUAUUUGCCCCUUCCAGUAAACCGAGCGCCCCCUUUCAAGGGUGGCGGUCAGAGAACUCUCUUGCCAACUGGCUGCGGAAUGGCGAGCAUCAAGAGCGUAUAUAUUGGAUUAGCGGCAAGGCAGGAUCAGGGAAAUCCACCCUGAUGCAAUUUGUAAUGCAGCACGCUGAAACCGUGAACCUGCUUCGCUCAUGGGCGGGGAAUAAACAGCUCAUCACCGCCGGCUUUUAUUUUUGGAUAAGUGGUACCCUGGAGCAGAGAUCCCAGACAGGUCUGAUGCGCUAUCUCCUAUAUCAAUUAUUGAGUGAACAGAAGCAUCUCAUCCCGGUUGUCUUCCCGGCGAGAUGGAAACACCUUCGGUCUCUAAGUACACGAGAACGUGUCAAGGCCUCCAUUUCGUGGGAUCUUCUCGAGCUGACGGGUGCCAUGGAAUCCUUCAUGCAUUAUACGGGCAACAGCGGCAGGAUUUGUUUAUUCAUUGAUGGGCUAGACGAAUUCGCCGGCGACCAUCAGCAAAUCGUGGCAUUUUUAAAAAAUUGCGUUACAUCAUUUCCUCACGUCAAAAUCUGUCUAUCAAGUCGACCACUUCCUGCUUUUUGGGAAACUUUGGGAAAUAACCCUAGGCUUGAACUCCACCAACUGACCCAAAGGGACAUGCUUCACUUCGCCGAGGAUCGUUUAUACGGGAACCCCUCGAUCAACCAACUUUUCUCCAAGGACAAGGACGCAGCAUCGCAGCUCAUUUUGGACAUUGUCGAGAGGGCAGACGGCGUCUUCCUCUGGGUGAUGCUGGUGGUUCAGUCUCUACUGCGCCGUGAGAAGUAUGAAGACGUUUUGCAAAUGCAUGAAUACUUGCGUGAACAUCCCACUAACAUAGACAAUCUCUUCGCAUAUUUCAUUUUUGACACUGUGUCGAAAGAUCAAACCUUUAUCAUCUCACGGCUAUUCCAGAUUAUCCAGGCCAGAGAAGAGGCAUGUUACGUCACCCAGUGGCAAAGUGCAGCAUCAAUGAGCCUCUGGGAAUUCGCGCUCGCCGAUCAGUUGGAGGAGAGCAUGCCCUGCAUUCCUACUGAUGUGCAACAGGCAAGCGAGUUGGACAUCACUCGUAUAUGUGAGGUGACUAGGGCCCUCCUAUCCGGGGAGUGUGCAGGGUUGAUAAUAACACACUCCUCGUUCUCUUCACCGAGAAUGCUUCAGCGAGAUACACCAUCACAUGGAAAACAACUGGCACAUAGCAAGGUCUCUUAUGUCCAUCGGACUGUGAAGGAUUUUCUCUCACUUCCUCAUGUUCGGUCCCGACUCUUAGAGCCUAUGCUAGGAUCGACAUUCGAGCCCCAUUCAUCGCUUCUCACAUCUAUCAUUCUUCAAUUCAAGCGGCCACUGGAUGAAUUCCAACCGCACCGACAGAUAGACGAUUGGUGGCCAAGCAUUCUCCUCGCCUUCACUCAUGCACGACUAUCUAUGAAUUGCUGGCAGUCACAGCUGGUACUAAUCCCUGAGCUGGACCGGGCACUUUGUCAGCAUUGGGCGUUCCGGAGGUCCAUCAAGUUCGAUCACUGGGCACGAAGCCUUUUCUCAUCUUAUGAGAAACGAAAAAACCUCGUUUUUCGUGAUCCAUUUCUCUCACUCUCUGCCAAGUUUGGGCUAGCAGUUUUAGUGCGCGAACGCAUCCUGGAGGAUAAUAGCAGGCCACAUGGCAGUGAUGUUGGUGACGAGAUACCGCUUCUCAGUCAUUGCAUUGAAUUACUUGCCAGUCGACGGCAGACGGUAUACCCUUUAUCCAGUCCAGAAAUAAUCAAUGAUGUUCUCGCAAGCGGGGCCGAUCCCAACCAGCCGUACAAGGAUCUGAACGGGAAGAACCAGACACCAUGGCUAGUUGUCCUGGAUUAUCUGCGAGAGGCAGAUCGCCGCCAGUGGAUCCGGUACUAUGACACCAGUGAGGAUGGCACCUUUCGUCUGGCGGCGAUUGUAUCUUUGUUCAUACAGUAUGGGGCCGAUCCCAAUGCCUUGCUUCUCCAGACCAGGUUCGAUCCCUCAGCUUCUGCCCUAGAAAUCAUCACCGCCAUCUACCGAAAAUACGCCGUCCCGGAGUUCGGCCGACUUCGAAAGGUGUUGAUCGAAAGGGGGGCCUAUGAGCGAGAGGGACACGACAUUUUUUAUCAAGUAUAUGGUAGGUAGCGUGGUUCUAAGCAUGGAAAGGCACUUACCAUCUCGGCUUCUCUUCGCCCAGCAUUACUAUUUCUGGGAGGCCAGAUUUCCUUAUCUUAUUUUAUCUUAUCUUCUGUUAUCUACCCGCCUGUCCCUGCUAAGCCUUAACUUGAAAUAGAUCUCAUCAGUUGCUAAC